AAGACUCUCCGUUGACUAAAACCCACUUCAUUCAUGGAUUUGUAUUGGGCUUCUGCGAAGGGAAUUGCAAACAUUCCAUAAUUAACUUCUCUCUCUCUGAAUCGCUUCGUUUCUCCUUUUCUUUCUUGGAUUUGUUGAGGGAUUUGGCUGGGUAGUGGGAAUCUUGACUUCUGAUGUGGAUCAGGUGUGAAGAGACAGCCGGAUUUAGUACCUAAAUCAUGGGAAGCAAAACAGUCCAUGUGUCUGGUUUUCCUAUGAAUGUUACUGCAGACAGUGUGAAGAAUUUUCUGGAGGAUUAUACAGGAGAAGGAUCUGUGUUUGCUGUUAAGGUUAGGCAUCCUAAAGUAAUCUCAACAAGAUCAAGAGCAUAUGCACUGGUCCAAUUUUUUACAAGCAAAGAUGCUAAGAUUGUAUCCAGCUUAGCACAGCAGAACUUCUUAUAUGGAAAUUCUUACUUAAAAGUUGAGUAUGCGAAACGUGAUAUUGUGCCGAAGCCAAGGAAAGCUUGGUUUAUUCUGGAAGACACAGAACUGCAUAUUGGCUGCUUAAUUUCGGAAAACACUUUAGGUGUUCUCUGGAGCUGUACAGGUGUCGAGGUUCAUUUUGGUUUCAAUAUGAAGAAAAUAAGCUUCCUCCUGACACAGGGAAGUCAGUCUCACAAACUCGAACUUUCUUUUGAGAGCAUCUGGGACAUCCAGCAACACUCCCUCCCUUCUGAGAACUCUCAGUUUCUUGUGGUUCAGGUUCAAGCUGCACCCCGUAUUUUUGAGGCGCCAGUGCCAUUACAAAAUUCAGCUCUUGUACAUGAAGAUCCUAGCUUAAACUAUUACAAGGAACUUCAGGAUGACCAAUGGAUUAGAACUACAGAUUUCACUCCACUGUGUAGCAUAGGGCAAUCUUUUGCUCUAUGUUUGGAGCUACCAUAUGGGUGCCGUCUUCCUGAUUUUCAUGAUUUUUUGUAUUUUAAAAAAGUCGUCAGUCAUUUCAAUUUGAAGAGGACACACUCUUACUCUCGAAAUUCAGAUCUAGUCCCCAUCAUUGAACCUUGGAAUGCUAUCGAAAUCCCAUACAAGUUCCUGUUCAAGAUAAAUACUUUAGUUCAAAAUGGGACACUGAUGGGACCCACGCUAAAUGAUGAGUUUUUUCGCUACAUUAGUCCUUUGAGAUAUCCUAUUGGUUUUAUAGAGUAUGCCCUUGGGAAAAUGGCCCGUUGGACCACCUCAAACUUCAAUCCUGCAAAAUGGCUAAAUGAUCAGUACGUAGCAUAUAAGAAGUCAAAUAUCCAACCACCCUCACCAGAGAUUUCUGAUACUGGCUUGGUUUAUAUUCACAGGGUUCAAAUAACCCCAUCCAAAGUUUAUUUUUUUGGACCUGAGAUCAAUGUCUCUAAUCGUGUAAUACGCCAUUAUUCUGAAGAUAUUGAUAAUUUUAUCAGGGUUUCUUUUGUUGAGGAGGAUUCUGGUAAAAUUCGUUCAUCAGAUUUAGCACCUCGUUCUUCUGAUGAGAAGCGCACUAAAAUUUACAAGAGAAUACUGAAUGUACUAAAAAAUGGCAUUAUUAUUGGUGAUAAGAAAUUUGAGUUUCUAGCCUUUUCGUCUAGCCAAUUACGAGAUAAUUCUGCAUGGAUGUUUGCUUCAAAGGGGGCAUUAACUGCAGCUGGUAUCAGAACAUGGCUGGGUGAUUUUACCAAGAUAAGAAAUGUAGCUAAAUAUGCUGCAAGACUGGGACAAUCUUUCAGUUCCUCCACAGAAACUUUGACUGUUCGUAGAGAUGAAAUCGAGAUUAUUCAUGACAUAGAAAAUGCUGCAGGAUAUUUGUUCUCUGAUGGUAUUGGGAAAAUUUCUGCUGAGUUUGCUAGAAGAGUUGCAAUUAAAUGCGGCUUAAAAAGCUCAACACCUUCAGCAUUUCAAAUCCGAUAUGGAGGCUACAAAGGUGUUGUGGCUGUUGACCCAACAUCUUUGAAGAAGCUUUCUCUGCGAAAAAGCAUGUCCAAGUUUGAGUCUGAGAACAUAAAACUUGAUGUCCUUGCAUACACUAAAUAUCAGCCAUGUUUCCUUAAUCGGCAGCUGAUAACUCUUCUUUCAACCCUUGGAGUUAAAGAUGAGGUGUUCCAAAUGAAGCAAGAUGAAAUUGUUAAGCAAUUGGAUGAGAUCUUAACUGAUCCAGAAAGAGCACUUGAAGCAAUUGAGCUAAUGUUUCCAGGAGAAACAACUAAUAUUCUCAGGGAGAUGCUGUUGUGUGGUUAUAAACCUGAUUCAGAACCAUUCCUUUCAAUGCAUCUGCAAACAUUUAGGGCAUCAAAGCUAUUGGAACUGAGAACAAAAUCAAGGAUAUUUGUUCCCAAAGGGAGAGCAAUGAUGGGGUGCUUGGAUGAAACUAGAACAUUGGAAUAUGGGCAGGUCUUUGUUCAGUUUUCUCGCAAUGGACAUUAUAAUCUUGCUAAUAGUGAAUCAGACCACCGGAAGGUUGUGCUGACAGGGAACAUAGUUGUUGCUAAGAAUCCCUGCCUCCACCCUGGUGAUAUCCGCGUCUUAUUGGCUGUUGACAUUCCCGCUCUGCAUCAUAUGGUUGACUGCGUGGUUUUCCCACAGAAAGGGAAAAGGCCCCACCCAAACGAGUGCUCUGGGAGUGAUUUAGAUGGGGAUAUAUAUUUCGUAACCUGGGACCUUGCACUUAUUCCACCUCGUGAAGUCUCACCUAUGGAAUACACACCAGCACCGGCUGAAACCCUAGAUCAUGAUGUUACAAUUGAGGAAGUUCAAGAGUACUUCACCAAUUAUAUCGUCAACGAAACCCUAGGAAUCAUCGCGAAUGCCCACACAGUCUUUGCUGACAAGGAACCACUCAAGGCAGAGAGUCAGGAAUGCAUAGAGCUUGCAAAAUUAUUUUCCAUCGCUGUUGAUUUUCCAAAGACUGGCGUGCCUGCUGAAAUCCCACCCCACCUUCAUGUGAAAGAGUACCCGGACUUCAUGGAAAAGCUUGACAAAGAGACAUACGAGUCCCAGGGAGUUAUCGGUAAGCUCUUCAGAGCUGUCAAAGGCCACUCAGCUGAUUCAAACCAUAUAAAGGCAUUCACUAAGGAGAUUGCGAGAAAAUCAUAUGACCCUGACAUGGAGGUUAAUGGCUUUAUAAACUAUCUUGAUAAGGCUUUCACUUUUAAGGAGGACUAUGACUACAAGUUAGGAUGUCUAAUGGACCAAUAUGAAAUAAAAACCGAGGCAGAGAUUCUUAGUGGAAGUAUAAUGAAGAUGUCAAAGACAUUCAACAAGUAUAAGGAUGGAGAAGCUCUAAGCAAGGCAGUGAGGUCACUGAGGAAACAAGCGAGAGGGUGGUUUAACAAGAAGUGGGAUGUUGAUAACCCAUAUGAUGAUGAUGAGGAUGCUAAGGCAUCAGCUUGGUAUCAUGUGACUUAUCACCCGGACUACUGGGGAUGUUAUAAUGAGGGAUAUAAUUGGCCACAUUUCUUAAGCUUUGCUUGGUGUGUUUAUGACAAGCUGUUAAUCAUCAAGCAGGAAAAGAUGAGGAUGAAGAUGAUUCAGAAGAAGAGAGAUGCUGCUAGAUUUGGCUCACUGCAGCAACAAUUUGGAGGCCUUGGGCUCAACUAAGAGGAACAUGAUGUAUGUAGAUGUAUAGAUAAUGACUGCUAAAAACAAUGGAGGUUCAAGGUGUUAUGUUGGUCAUGACCUGUACAGGUUUAUUUGUGUUUUUCGUUGAGCAGGUAUUAGCGAAGUUGGUUUUCUGGUUUAGUAUACAUAGUUUGUUUAGCAACUGAGCAAGUAAUUGGAUCAUUUGAGCUACAGUUUUUGGAUAGCUUUUAUCA